AUGGCACCACCAAAUGCCCAAGAGAUCCAAUAUCAACUCGCACAUAUCCACCAGGAUCGGUCCAACGAUAUCGUUGUAUCACACGGCAUAUGCAUUGUCAUUGCGGCUGUUGCAGUGGUUCUCAGAUUUUCUUCCCGACGACUAUGCAAAGCUCCAAUCCUAGCAGACGACUACAUGACCAUCGUUGCACUUAUCCUUGCAGCUGGAGAGGUCGCAGGAGGUCUCAUGUGCGUCCAUUACGGAGGUGGAAAACACGCGGUAUUGCUCAAGAACCCCGAGACGUUCGCUAAAUGGGUAAUCGCCACCGAGGAGCUGUACAACGCUGCCAUCACAGCAGUCAAGCUGUCCAUCUUGCUACUCUAUCGUCGCCUCUUCCCAGAUCCUCGAUUCAAGAUUGCCCUCUGCACCGUUGGCGGCUUCGUAAUAUGCUGCGGUCUAACCAUGAACCUUCUUGUCGUCUUUCAGUGUCGACCAGUCAAUGCGUCUUGGAACCUGACUGUGCAGGGCCAAUGCAUUCACCUGAACACUGCGUUCAUUAUUUUGGGCUCGUUGAACGCACUUACUGAUAUCAUUGCACUUUGCCUGCCAAUGCCGUUUCUGUGGCGUCUCCACGCCGACAAAGCGAGAAAAUUUCAGCUCAUUGGUAUAUUUUCGCUUGGGAGCCUGACUUGUGGCAUCAGCCUAUACCGGAUUCCUCAAAUGGCGAAUAUCUCGCUUUCAGACGCACCAUGGUCCGACGUCAAGCCAUGCGUAUGGGCCGUCGUCGAGGUCUGCCUGGGUAUCCUCGGCGCCUGCCUACCUACGUUCCCAGCGCUGUUCCGCUGGAAGAGUGUCCGCGACAACCGAAGGCCGAGCGGAAUGUCCCAGUCCAGAAGCGCCGAUUCGUCUCGGUAUCCUGUCUUAACGCCGGAUGAACGUCGCUCAGGAUUCAAGAGUGGAGUAGGGAACGCUCAUAAGGAGUUCUUGAAGAUGAUUGAUUGGGCGGAUGUACCAAAAGCCGUCAAGAAAGGGAAUGAUACGAAACUGCAGGGAUAUUUUUGA